AAGGGUAUGAAGUGUAUUGUAAGUCGGCCAUACUCAAACAAUCGCCGAACGACGACGAUCAACGACCGAAGAAUCUCUGUCUCUGAGUCUGGUUUUGCGAGCGAGUAAAGAGCUUGCGGCACUUAUAAAACGGACUGAGCUGAGACUAGACAUUGCGUACAUACUAAACUACAUUUUAAUACACCGAUUAUUAUAAUAACUGUAACAAAUAUUAUAAUCAUAUAACAUUGGAUUAUAAUAACUAUUUUGCAAGUACACGGUACACGAAUACUACGAGUACGAGAGGUAUCGUCGAUCGAGCCAGGAUCAUUCAGAUAAAUUAAUUAUCGUUUUAUUUUAUUUUAUUUGAUAAUAAAUUCGCGGUGAUUUUAGUAUCGACAACUUUACGCACCAGUACGUUUAUAAUUAUUUAUAAUUAUUGUGGCUGGAGACAUAGAUGCGCUUAAGGAAUAACACGAUAAACAGUUGUUGUUGGUGUUUUUGUAUUGUGAUAAGUGUGGUGAACGAUUGCGCAAGUUGUCGUGGUUGCCAUUGGAACUCUGGUGAUGAUAUAAAUUUCUCUAUUCUCAGUAACAUCAAAAGAUUAUUGUUUUAUUCCAGCGAAAAAUUUUUAACCACCUACGAGGCGAGAUUCUCAAAUAAACUGGGAUAAUAAGUAUGAGCACCAAGGCGUCUGUUAAUAGACGGGUCCUGGCGAUCCAAGCUAAAAAAAAACGUUACAAGCCAACUAAGCGCAAGGGUGCUAAGUCUACUGGUAGUAAUUCACAGCAAGACAAUACUGAUAAUUCUUCGGGAGCACAUUGCUCAAAGACAUCAUCAGCAACGGCAGCCCGUCAAUCUGAUCAGGAUGGCAAUGGCCCGAGACCAUUUACUGCUGAUAAUGGGAAUAGGUUAGAACCAAGUCACAGCUCAAGCAACGAAACAAUCGAAGAUGACGAUGACGUUUAUAGCAGUGAAGAGGAAGAACAAGAAGAUAGUAGCGAUUAUUGUCACGGUGGUUAUCAUCCAGUUAAAAUAGGCGAUCUUUUUUUAAAUCGUUAUCAUGUUACGAGGAAACUUGGCUGGGGACAUUUUUCAACAGUUUGGCUUUGUUGGGAUUUACAAGAUAAGAGAUUUGUCGCGUUGAAAGUUGUCAAGUCUGCGUCACACUUUACCGAAACAGCAUUAGACGAAAUAAAAUUAUUGAAAGAUGUACGCGAUACGGAUCCUAAUGAUCCCAAACGUAACAAAACAGUACAACUGCUUACGGAUUUUAAAAUCAGUGGUAUUAAUGGGUUACAUGUCUGUAUGGUGUUUGAAGUACUGGGACACAACCUUCUUAAGUUAAUUAUUAAAUCAAAUUACCGUGGGAUACCGCGUAAUAAUGUUAAACGUAUCAUCAGGCAGGUUCUUGAGGGUCUUGAUUAUUUACACAAUAAAUGUAAAAUUAUCCACACUGAUAUUAAACCAGAGAAUGUAUUGAUAUGUGUUGAUGAAACUUAUAUAAGAAAAUUGGCAGUGGUAGCAACAGAAUUGCACUCUUUGGGUCUAAAAUUGCCAGUAUCGUUGGUAUCAACAGCUCCUAAAAAAUUUCAAGAGCCGACUGUUAAUUCAAAAAUGUCGAAAAAUAAAAAGAAAAGAUUGAAGAAAAAGGCCAAACGUCAAAAUGAGUUGUUGAAAAAACAGAUGGAGCAAAUUGAAGAGCUUGAAGAGAGAUCAAAGAACAUUAAUAACACACAGAACGGUGGGAGUGCUGGUGGACAGGGUGAUAAUAACAGUGGAGGAGGUAUCAGCGAAACCAACAGCCCAACAACAGACCAAGAUCAAAAUACCGAGAGUAUUGAUGAUAAUACUGAGAGUAAAGAGUCACCGGAUAUAUCUGACCCGGUAAUCACCUCACCUCAUCGUGGUGUUAAUGGUAUUGUUACAGAUUUAGCGACUUGUGGGAGCUCAGAUAAUAUGGAUAAUACAUUGUCAUCAUCAGCAUCAUCGUCAGAUAAUAAGUCAUCAUUAGGAUUAAUUAAUCAAGAGGCGACUGCUGGCGGCGCUCAGAUUCCUCCUGGUGACAAAAGCUGUGGCGAUGGUCUUUCUUCGUUGAUAACAGCAACAACAACCGAUACGGCUGCUGAUGUCAAUACUGCUCCAUUAGAUCCGGCUCUUGUUGACUGUGAGGUAGAAGUUAAGAUUGCUGAUCUUGGUAACGCGUGUUGGGUUGAUAAAAAAUUCACAGAAGACAUUCAAACAAGGCAGUACAGGUCCCUGGAAGUUUUAUUGGGUGCUGGGUACAGUACUUCGGCAGACAUUUGGUCUACUGCUUGUAUGGCAUUUGAAUUAGCUACUGGUGAUUAUUUGUUUGAACCUCACAGUGGUGCUGAUUAUUCAAGAGACGAAGAUCACUUGGCGCAUAUUAUUGAAUUACUUGGUGAAAUACCCCGUCGUAUUGCAUUGUCUGGAAAAUACUCAAAAGCAUUUUUUAACAAAAAAGGGGAAUUGAAACACAUAACUGGUCUGAAGCCAUGGGGAUUGUACGAAGUAUUGACUGAAAAGUACGACUGGUCACCCAGCGAAGCACGUGAAUUUGCAGAUUUUCUGAUUCCUAUGCUCGACUUUGAUCCGGAUAAUCGUAAUACUGCCGCUGAAUGCCUCAAGCACCCGUGGCUGCAGAUAAAAUGAAAUAAAAACAACAAUUGAACUUGCAAGGAAAAUAAAUAAUAAAAUUAAACGUAAACGUUGAGUAAAAGUUGAAGAUAAUUUAAGUUUUUUUUUUUUUUUCCAUGAUACAAGCUCUCAAGCUGCAGCGUCAGCUAAAAAGUUUUUUAAGCUUUUCAAAAAAAUUUUUACUCCGCGAAAGAAAAUCUCAGUCGUAAUGGAUUUUUUUUUCUUAAUACAUUGAAUAUUUAAAUGUCUUGUUCCUCCUGAAACACCAAUGCGUUACAGUUUUAAACUGUGCGCUAUAAUGAUUCUCAAUAAUAAUAAUAAUAAUAAUAAUAAUAAUAAUAAUCAUUAUUAAUAUUAGAUUAAUGAUGUACAAAAAAGAAUAACAUACCCAAAAAAAAUUCUUUUGUAGUUUAUCACAUUUACAAUUUGACCUGCUGAGAAUUAUAAGUACACCAAUGAAAUUGUAUUAUAAUACCAAUAGCGAUAUGAAUCAUUUAUUAAUAAAUAAAUGUAUUAAUUAAUAUUAAUAAUUGUAGUGAUAAUGAUAAAUAGUAUCGAGCUUUUAAAUUAUCCGCGAGGUAAGCCUUGACAUUCCGGUCUGUGAUACUCGCAAUUAAAAUUUCUCCCACUGUUUAUAGAGUAAAAAAAAAAGAAAUUGAUUAACGAUUCUCAGCAGAAAAAUUUAUUAUAAUUAUAAUAAUUAUGUAUUAAAUUUAAAUUCAUACUUUUGCUCUUAUGAAUAAUAAUUUUUUAGCAACAAUGACUUUAAUUAAAAUAAGUUAUUGAGAAUCAUAAACGCACUAAACUAAAUGUGAUUUACUUUGAACGAGAUUCAUAAUGUAAUAGUAAUUAAUAAUAAUUAUUAAUUAAUAAUAAUAAUUUUUAGAUUGUACCUUUGUUUCUUUUUUUUUUUUUUUUAUUGAUAAUUUUCGUUAAUUUUUAUGUCUUCGAUAAAUUCAUAGUCUUGCCGAAUAAAUCAAGACUUGCCAAUUACUGUCUUCUUGUUUAUUAUUUAAAAAUUAUUAUUAUUAGUUAAUUAUUAAUAUUUAUUUGAUUAUAUAUAAAUUAUAAAUGUAUCAUCCCUGAAUCAUUGCUGUACAGUAUCAUAUAAGUAGUGUAAUUUUAUCGCGUCUUGCAUUAAUCAGGUGGAAAUAAAAAACAACAACAAUUAAUAAUAUUACUACUAAUAACAAUAAUAAUAAAUGUUGAGUCAAUCGGAGUCAAAAUUUUUCUAAACUGGCGUAAAUUUUAAAAAAUAAUUUUUUAUAAUUAAAUUUGAUAUUUUUUUUUUAAUCGUGAAUGUCCUUAUAUUAAUCACAAGUGCCGUUUUUUAAUUAUUCGUAUAAAGUAAAUAAAUAAAAGCAAUAUCUUUUGUAAAUAGAUCCGAUUGACUUAACGAGGCGAAUUAUUGCUCUGAAUUCGUCCAUUAAUUUUUUUUAAAUAUUUAAUUUAUUGUUACAUUUUUUUUACGUAUUUAAAAUUAAGAUUUUCACUAUCGGGUUUUAUAAAUCUCAGUACUGUAUUAUUUAUAAUUAACGAUAAAAUUAUUCAGACUUGAUUGAAUAUUAUAAUUAACAAAAACAAUUACUCGUGAUGCUAAUUGCAUCAAAUGCUGCUUCUUUGACUGAUGUACAAUAGAAACAAGAAAUAAUUGAAAAAUUCGUUAUGAAUAAAAAUACUUUAAAAAAAUUGCGUUUAAUGACAGUUGAGUGCAGUGAAGAACAGCAGAAUGACAUUCAUUUAUGUAUAAAAAAUUUAUUAUUAUCAAUAAUUAAUUAAUUAACUAAGAUUUAAAAGCAAAGAAUAAUAAAUUUAUGUUGUGAAUAGAUUUUCUUGAUCACGUAAUUAGAAUCAGCAAUUAAUACUUGCCGUUAAAGA